AUGAUGUCUGUUUUACCAGAUUUGAGGCAAUUUGGUUUGAUCGGUCUGAUUAUGUCUAAUCUACUUGUGUUGCUGGAUGAUUUCUCCUUUAUGGAGCUAGUCUCCCUCCCAAAUCCUCCACUUGGUUUGAGUGGUGUUAUUGCAGGGAGUUGGAGUCCGCAUGUUUCAACUACUUUGGUCUGUGUAGGCUCGUUAGCUCGGUGCUUUGUCACUAGAGAGUUCAAUGCCGUUUGCUCGAUUGUUAAACUUGCACUUGUUGCGUUUUCAAUCCCGGGUGUAGGAUUACGAAAAUUAUCCUAUUUUGCCCAAGGCUCCAUUUCACUUCUUCCUAUUGUGGUCGUGGUCUCUACAGGACAUCUCUUUGAUUAUGGUGGUUUAAGUCUUAUGUUAGCUCCUAUCCUUGUUGUCUAUGCUUUCAAUCCCGCUUUGUUUAAUGCGGUGUCUUUAGCCGGUUUGGCAUUGUUGUCCUUUGCUUGGAACAAUUUCUCCUUUAAUGGAGAAUAA